GCCGCGGAGCUGGGGAUUAAUGGGAAAAGUUUUGGCAGGAGGUGGAGGAUUCUGUCGUGGAGGUUGCGGGACGCGGGCGGUGACGCGGGCGGCGGCCAGGACAGUGCUGCGUGGCGUUUGGGGCAUGCUCGUGGUACUCACUCAGUGGCUUCUACUCACCAACAGAUGAAGACACACUCACUGUAGAGGCUGACAGGAACCGUCCUGUGAGGUCCAUCUGCGCUCAGACCCAGACCCAGACGAUGCCAGAGCUAUGACCAGGCCUGCAGGCGUGGCUCCGAGCGGAGAUCAGCCAUGGAGCAGCCACAGGAGGCGGCCCCUGAGGUCCGGGAAGAGGAGGAGAAAGAGGAAGAGGCAGCGGCCGAAGGAGCCCCGCUUCCUUCUAGCAGCAGCUGCACAGACCUCUCCCAGAGCGCCUCGCCACCUUCACUGCUGGACCAGCUGCAGAUGGGCUGUGACGGGGCCUCGGGCGGUGGCCUCAACAUGGAGUGCCGCGUCUGUGGGGACAAGGCAUCGGGCUUCCACUACGGCGUCCAUGCGUGCGAGGGGUGCAAGGGCUUCUUCCGCCGCACGAUCCGCAUGAAGCUGGAGUACGAGAAGUGCGAUCGGAGCUGCAAGAUCCAGAAGAAGAACCGCAACAAAUGCCAGUACUGCCGCUUCCAGAAGUGCCUGGCCCUGGGCAUGUCGCACAAUGCCAUCCGCUUUGGCCGGAUGCCGGAAGCUGAGAAGAGGAAGCUGGUGGCUGGGCUGACGGCCAGCGAGGGGCACCAGCACAACCCGCAGCUGGCUGACCUGAAGGCCUUCUCCAAGCACAUCUACAACGCCUACCUGAAAAACUUCAACAUGACCAAAAAGAAGGCCCGCAGCAUCCUCACUGGCAAGUCCAGCCACACAGCGCCCUUUGUGAUCCACGACAUCGAGACACUGUGGCAGGCGGAGAAGGGCCUGGUGUGGAAGCAGCUGGUGAACAGCCUGCCGCCCUACAAGGAGAUCAGCGUGCACGUCUUCUACCGCUGCCAGUGCACCACGGUGGAGACUGUGCGGGAGCUCACCGAGUUCGCCAAGAGCAUCCCCAACUUCAGCAGCCUCUUCCUCAACGACCAGGUGACACUCCUCAAGUACGGCGUGCACGAAGCCAUCUUCGCCAUGCUGGCCUCCAUCGUCAACAAAGACGGGCUGCUGGUGGCCAACGGCAGCGGUUUCGUCACCCAUGAGUUCCUGCGCAGCCUCCGCAAGCCCUUCAGCGACAUCAUCGAGCCCAAGUUCGAGUUUGCCGUCAAGUUCAACGCCCUGGAACUCGACGACAGUGACCUGGCUCUCUUCAUCGCCGCCAUCAUCCUGUGUGGAGACCGGCCAGGCCUCAUGAACGUGCCACAGGUGGAGGCCAUCCAGGACACCAUCCUGCGUGCCCUCGAGUUCCACCUGCAGGCCAACCACCCCGACAGCCAGUACCUCUUCCCCAAGCUGCUGCAGAAGAUGGCUGACCUGCGGCAGCUGGUCACUGAGCAUGCUCAGAUGAUGCAGUGGUUGAAGAAGACCGAGACCGAGACCUUGCUGCAUCCCCUGCUCCAGGAGAUCUACAAGGACAUGUACUGAGGCUGCCCCAGGCCUCCUGGGGAGCCCCUCUGUGGGACUGUUCCGUGGACCAGCCCACGAGCACGCAGCCCACACGGCCGGGCACACUCCACUCCAGACACAGGAAGCCCCGGCUCCCAGCCUUCCUUUCCUCCGCCCGGCUCCCAGAUCCUCCUGUCUGCUGUCUCCUUUCCCAGUCCUGUCUUCCUGAUGCCUCCAGUGCUUCCUUGCCCUCUGCUUGUCUCCCUCCUCCUCGCUGCCUUUCCGUCCCCACGCUGGUCCUCUGUUGGCAGUCUCACCAGCCGCCUUGGACAGGCCCUCCGCCUUUGCUCCUGUCUUCCCAGGAGCACCCCGCCCCUGGGCCGCCCCUCGUCCUGCUCCUGCAGGCCUAGGGCCU